AUGAAACAGGGACAGUCAAAUAAGAGCACCAGUGUAAAAUACAAUCCCCAUGAGGAUAGUGGAACCGGCUUCCCAAUUGAGCCACCCAGAGGAGUUGUGAAGAAUGGAUUCUCUCAUUCUAAUUCGAUGAUUCACCCUUGUGCAGUAGGAUACUCAUGGACCAAGAAAGUAAAGGAGGAUGCUGGUCAUACAGUUCCUGGCUGGGCAUUUGGCUCUUCACAACAUGGUGCAGAGUUGUCAAGACAAAGUUCUCAUAUGCCUAAUGUAUCCGUCGAGUCCUCCAAUAUUCAUCCUAAGAAGGAUGAGAGAGUGUCUUGCAGGGAUACUAUGGGUUACGUACCAAAAAGAAACAGGAUCCUCUGCUCUGGACCACUGAUGCCUCCUGGAGGAAACAUGGAAGACAUGCUGAAAGAGCACGAGAGACAAAUUCAAGAGGCAGUUCGCAAAGCUCGUCUAGACAAGGCCAGAACCAAAAAGAACUGCUAUGAUUAUGGGCAGUCCAACUAGCUUCGCCAUUUCUAUAACCAAACUUUUGCUGCCUUGAUAGAAAAUAAUCUCAAUUGAACUUGUCUGUUUUCACUAACCGAAAGUAGGAGGAAAGAGAUUAUGAUCUGGUUCCAUCCAAGAGUAAGGUGGCUAUAUCUUCCGUGACCCAGAUUUUGACUCUCAAAAUAUCAAUUGGGGGUGAUUUUGCCUUUUAAGCUGGUGGACUUAUAUUUUAU